AAACCUGAAUCCUCAUGGACACACUGUGUUGGGUUCUUAACCCAGUGAGGCACAACGGGAACUCUGAUCCUAUGAGUUUUAUUUACAAAAAAAGAAAUGCAAUAAACUUUGACUUGGUCCUGUUAAGAUGUAGCUGAUAGAAAACUUCACAUAUGACGAAUUUGGGAGGGAAUUACAUAAUUUAUUGCCAUGUUGACACCAAGUAAUUUUUAAAAUUCUGUUUUCUAGUAUAAGUCAAGGUAGAUUUAUUUCUAAGUUUAGUUAUUUGGAAAAUAGACUAAUAAUAGCACAUUUUAUUUCUGUCCAGUAAAUGUUAUAUAAGCAAACAUGAUUUUCUAAAGUACGUGCUGGGUGGGAGGAGAGGAUCAAGAAUCCAGAAGAACCCAACUGGUAUCCAUGAGGAUGUAGAUUCAAUCCCUGGCCUUGCUUAGUGGGUUGGAUCCGGCCUUACUGCAAGCCUCAGCAUAGGUUAUGGACGCAGCUCUGAUCUGGUGUUUCUGUGUAGGCUGGCAGCUGCAGCUCCAAUUGGACCCCUAGCCUGGGAACUUCCAUAUGCUGCAGGUGUAGCCCUAAAAAGCGAAAAAAAAAAAGAGAGAGAAAAAUAGUUCACAAAGGAGGAGGAAUAUAGGGGAAGUGUAUCCUGCUAUAUUGAAAAUAUACAAACUGAUGUAAUUUUGGAGUACCGUUUUCCAUCUAGUGAAGUAGCAUAACAGACAAUACUGAUGAGGUUGAGAUGAAAUUGCCACACAUUGUAAAUUGUUAGGACCUUUUUAGAAAACCAAAUGCCAGUACAGAGCAAGAACCAAGUAGAUUUACAUUUCUCAUGUCUGAAUAAUACCACUUCCUAAUAUUUGUCUAUAGAUAAAUUCAACCAAAGCAUAAAGGAUAUAUUCAAGAAGAUAGUAAGUGUCAAAAUACGUAUACAUCAGUUGAGGCUUUCCUAGUUAGCAAAAAAUGUUUAGGUGUUUGGCAUCCCCCACCUCUUAGCACUUCUCAUCAUGUGCUCCCAUGUCAUUUUCCAUUCAUAGAUAAGAGUAUGGAAGUGGUUUUUUAACUUUUUCAUGAGAACCAUUCACAGGUUAAUUGCGCGCUCUCUCUCCCUACUCUGUAACCAAGUCUGCUGAAACGGACAUCAGAGAAGACUGUCCUGAAUUCUUAGGCUUCUGGUUGUAGAGCAAAAAAACGCUUCUUAGGAAAGGGAAUUUUAGUGGAACAGAAGAAUAGUAUAAGACCACACUUGGCAGGGACACAUUUCUGCUUAAAAAUAUCAAAUCCAGAACCCACUGUUCUACUCAGUUUUUCUUCCCUUCUCACACUAUCUCUCCCUCUUCCUCUUGAACUUCCACCAUCACCACCACCACUACCUCAUUAGAAUAGUGUACUCUGAUAUUUAAGCCUUUCUCUUUCUCUCCUUCUUGCUUUCCAUCUGUCUUUUUUUUUUUUUUUUCCUCCUUAGGGCCACACCCAAGGCCUGUGGAGGUUCCCAGGCUAUAGGGGUUGAAUCAGAGCUGCAGCCACUGGCCUAUACCACACACAGCUCAUGGAAGUGCCGGAUCCUUAACCUACUGAACGAGGCCAGGGAUCAAACCUGGAUACUUAUCACGUUUGUUACCACUGAGCCACAAUGGGAACUCCUCUUUUUUUUUUUUUUUUUUUGGCGUGUGGAAAUUCCUAGGCCAGGGAUUGAACCUGCACCACAGCAGUGACCCAAGUUGCUGCAGUGACAAUGCCAUGUAUCCUUAACCCCCUACACCACUGAAACCUUUCUCUUAAUGCUUAAGAGAAAGGAAAAGGAUUUGGAAAGGGAAGAGUAUCAAAAACUUCUGAUGGCUCAGCAGAUCAAAACAGUGGUGGUGUUGCCAUUCUGUUUAAGAAGCCCAUGGUUAUUUUAGAAAAUUUGCCCAUCACCCGUUUUUAGGAGAUGCUGAAGUUACAUUACUAUACACAUCAUGUAUACUCAAGGUUUGGUAUAGGGUGCUAUGGCAUUUAUAAAUACUCUUGGAAAACCAGGCUCUAAGGGUUCAGCGUUGCCUAGGCCUGCAGCUUAAUCAGUAUGUAGGGUGUUUCUGGGUAUGUUCAAAUGGCUGCUUUAUAACUUAACAUAAGCUUUGAAGGGCCUAUUACACAUUCCUCCCCCCCCAAAAAAAGUUAGAUUAUUAUAUGACAGGCUGAACAGUUGAGAAAUUAUCUCACAGCAGUAAUUAUUUUAAAAGAUAUUAAAAAAAGAUAACCAUUUGUCUUUUGUAUGGAUGGAGGUGUAGAGGAUGAGUUUUCUAAUUAGGUAACAAUUGCACCUUCAUAAUUUUGGCAUAUUGGAACAAAUCACAUUUCCAACCUGAGGGGAAAAGUCCUCAGAUGUGGUGUUUAGACUUGUGGAUCUGAAUCAUUAAGAGGGCCUCUGUUGGAAACUUGGCUUGCAUCACCAUUUAAAGAUUGCAUAUUGAAAAUAAAUAAAUAAAUAAAUAAAGAUUGCAUAUUGUUUACUUCUUAUGUUGUAGGUAUAUAACUUGUAUGUACAGGGGAAGUGGUAAGCUCAGUUGGAUAUCAAGACUGGAAAUAAGAGUUGAACUUAAAGCCCAAUGGUGAGGUCUUUGUGUGGCUGGAUUUGUAUGUAAAUCUUGGUAUGUGGAUGUUAUAUAGAUAGUUGCCUGCACUUUUUCUUCUUCUUCAUUGAACUUUUGGAAAUUGUUCUUGUUUUUUUUUUUUUUUUUUUUCCAUGUAUCUCCCCUGCCCCCCCCCAAGUUUUUUAUUAAGUUAUCAUGAAUAUAUAACACUCGGGAUUGCUUUACAUUUAUUAAUUAAAUUAAAUGAUAGUGAAUGAGAAUGAUUCUUGGCCAUAGCUAUUCCAAAGUGGGGUUUUUUUUUUGUUGUUUUUUUUUUAGGGCUGCACAUGUGCAUAUGGAGAUUCCCAGGCUAGGGAUCGAAUCAGCUGCAGCUGCUGGCCUGUACCACAGCAAUGCAGGAUCUAAGCCACAUCUGCGACCUACACCACAGCUCACAGCAACGCUGGAUCCUUAACCCACUGAGCGAAGCUGGGGAUUGAACCUGCAUCCUUAUGGAUACUAGUCAGAGGGAAUCUGGAAAAGUUGGAAGCAAAACAUCAUUUCUCUAAGAAAAUUUUGGAUAACAGAAAUUCUGGAUAACAGGGCAAACCAGUUCCGUCACCAUGAGUUGGAGCUUCCUCACUCGUCUGCUGGAGGAGAUCCACAACCAUUCAACAUUUGUGGGGAAGAUCUGGCUCACUGUACUGAUCGUCUUCCGGAUCGUCCUUACAGCUGUAGGAGGAGAGUCCAUCUAUUACGACGAGCAGAGCAAGUUUGUGUGCAACACAGAGCAACCAGGCUGCGAGAACGUCUGCUAUGAUGCCUUUGCGCCCCUCUCCCACGUGCGCUUCUGGGUGUUCCAGAUCAUCCUGGUGGCAACGCCCUCAGUGAUGUACCUGGGCUAUGCCAUUCAUAAGAUUGCCAAAAUGGAGCACGGCGAAGCAGACAAGAAGGCAGCUCGGAGCAAACCCUAUGCGAUGCGUUGGAAGCAGCACCGAGCUCUGGAAGAAACGGAAGAGGACCAUGAAGAGGACCCCAUGAUGUAUCCAGAAAUGGAAUUAGAAAGUGAAAAAGAAAAUAAAGAGCAGAACCAAUCUAAACCUAAGCAUGAUGGCCGACGGCGGAUUCGGGAGGAUGGACUCAUGAAAAUCUAUGUGCUGCAGCUGCUGGCAAGGACCAUGUUUGAGGUGGGUUUUCUGAUAGGGCAGUAUUUUCUGUAUGGCUUCCAAGUCCACCCAUUUUAUGUAUGCAGCAGAGUUCCUUGCCCUCAUAAGAUAGACUGCUUCAUUUCUAGACCCACUGAAAAGACCAUCUUUCUUCUGAUAAUGUAUGGUGUGACAGGCCUUUGCCUACUGCUUAACAUUUGGGAGAUGCUUCAUUUAGGAUUUGGGACAAUUCGAGACUCGCUAAACAGUAAAAGGAGGGAACUGGAAGAUCCGGGUGCUUAUAAUUAUCCUUUCACUUGGAAUACACCAUCUGCUCCCCCUGGCUAUAACAUUGCCGUCAAACCAGAUCAAAUCCAGUACACCGAACUGUCCAACGCUAAGAUCGCCUACAAGCAAAACAAGGCCAACAUUGCCCAGGAACAACAGUACGGCAGCCAUGAGGAGACCCUCCCCGCGGACCUGGAGACUCUGCAGAGGGAGAUCAGAAUGGCUCAGGAACGCCUGGAUUUGGCAAUCCAGGCCUACAAUCACCAAAACAACCCUCAUGGUCCCCGGGAAAAAAAAGCCAAAGUGGGGUCCAAAGCUGGGUCCAACAAAAGCAGUGCUAGUAGCAAAUCAGGGGAUGGGAAGACCUCCGUCUGGAUUUAAUCUGGCUGAGCUUAAAAUCUGUGCUUCUCAUAGUUUAUGGUAAGCAGCAGCUCACUGAAUAAUGACUUCCAUUGAGUAAACAUUUGGCUCUGGUUGUCUUCAGGGAUGCUGUUGGCUCGUGAUCCAAGCUCAGGGGACUCUGAAGGUGGGGAUGGGACAAGGGGGAGAGAACGGGAAACACAGCGUUUCUGGACACACGUUCCAGCAGUAAUACCGUCACAGAACUUUACAUUUGUGUCUUCCAGAUCUGGAAAAGAAAAGAUAUAUUUAAAUCACUCUUGUUGAACAGUUUUUGUAUGUACAGUAUUAUGAUACUUUUUUUUUAGUAUGAGAACUUUUUUGUAUUUGUACAUUGGACUGCUGUAGUUACACUUUUAUAUUAAAGGGGAAAAAAUCCUUGAGGUCAUGCCUAUUAGGCUAGUGUUAUUAUUUUGUUCAGCAAAUUCUACCCUGGGUUUAAAGUUUUAAUAGAUGCUACACACCUAAUAAAAGUGCCUCUUGUGUUGCAGGGAAGACUUCAGAUAUAUAAGUAGCCAGAGGAGGAUGAGUCAGUUCUCAGUCUUGGAAAGAAAGUCCACAGUUGAUCUAAUCUCUUUGACUUGAGAAAUCUUUGAAUCUCAAUUCUUGUGCCCAGAGUUGUAUCUAGUCUUUGAAAACCAAUUUGUAUUUACAAAGAAGAGAAGCGAUUUCACUGCAGGAUACCUUUACACAUUAAGCCUCAUCAGUGUAUGCUUUGAUGGUGUGUAUACAGUCAGUUCUUCCAGAAGGCUGGUGCACAAAGCUGCCCUGAUCCAGUAGCUGUGGAGACCCUGGCUAGAACUGUUACUGAGAUUCCUCUAUCACAAAAUAAAGCCACACCUGAAAAAUAAGCCCUGAUAAGAUAUUUAGUUUGUGGACCUAUUGAUUUGCCUUAAAUCUCUAUCCGAAAACCUGCCUCUCUCUGGUUUCCUAAGAAGCCAGUGACGGAUAUUUUCUUUAUAUGUUAACAGUAAAAAUACAGAAAUUCCCUUCUAGGCUAAGAUUAAUCAAAGCUACUUAUACUGCACAUGGCGGAAAGCCUAAAUUCAAAUUCUCUAUUUUUUUAUAAUUUACGUGGAACUUUCAUAGUACACAUAUUUCUGCCAGUGUAGGUUUCUGUCUGAAAGACCAGUCAGACCUGGAAUUCUAUCUGUAAAUAGACAUAAAGAGAAUUUCAGUAUUUAUUCGCUAUAGGCGUUAUCUUUUUGUCAGUGACAACCGUUAAUGUUCACAUAACACUUGUAGUUUGCAGUAGUAUUUUAUUGCCAUUUUCAACCUCAUGUUGGAGAGUUUUGCUCUCCUGUCAUGUUCACACAUCAUUUGUUUUAUAGUUUAUGAGCUUCUGAGUAAGAGCUUGGUAAAGAUUUAAAGGAGAGGGUAUUUGCUUCACCAGGGAGCAUUUCAUUUGCGGUAUCUCACUCUAACAGAAGUUGUUGCAAGCCAUCUCCAACUUUGAAAUUCCAAAAGUGUUAUUCUUUUUAUGUCUUAAUUUUUAAAUGUCAGUUUUCCAUUAUGUAGGAGGAGUCUAGAACAGCAUCCUUUGUGCAGUUCUUUUUUUUCUUUGUUGUUCUCCAUUGCAUUUCUCACCCCCCCAAAAAAAAAGUUGAAAAUUUAAGCUUAGUUCUAGCCAUGCGUUUACCUUUAUUUUGCUUUUUUUUAAUCUGAAAUUUUAGCCUAGAGAAGCUCCUCAGGAUCUCUAAACACUUAAGCAAAAGGUAAACUCCAGUGAGGCUAAAGAGGAAAUUUUGGAAAAUGAUUUAUACAUGUAUGUAUCCUGGAUAAUUAAUCAGCAUGCAGUUUCCUUCAAACCAGAUGUUUAAUAAGGAAAUUCAAAUAAUUAUUCUAAAACAGGCAUUAAAUAUUUAAGUCUAGCUAGGAUUAAGAACAACCAAUUAAUUCUUAUGUCAGUAGAACUUAAUGCAUAUUUCUUAAUUGAAGGACAGAAAAAAACACCCGUACAUUCACGUCCAUCUCUUCAGAGCCUGAAGGAGAAGAGAGUGGCUUUGCCAGUGGAAAGAUUGGGGAUUUGAGAGUGAUGGAGAGGGAAGGAGUCAAGCAGAAAUGCCAGGCAGACAUUUGGCGCCAGAAGCAUCCACUUAGUUUCUACAAAGAGUGCCCCUGGUGUUUCAUCUUGGCUUAUUCUGAUGAGAAUGUUAUCUUUUGUGUCUGGAUAAUUCUUCAACUUCCUGAAGUACAUAGAAAGCUAUUCUGAGUCACUUUGCAUGUGUUAAAGUCUAUUUUUAUUCUCUUACUAAAGUUCCAAUUAUGACAUAGGUUUCCCAGCUCUCACUGCUUUCUUGGUCCAUUUCUUUCAGCCUUUGAACAUGUGAGUUUGCCAAAGCCAUUCUCCCCUAAUAACAUGUAUGGACCUACAUUAAGAAAACGUGUAGCUUAGCCCAUUAACUGGGUCUACAUUGAAUCCAUAAAAAUGCUGUGCCAGUUAACUGCCCUGGACCUUACAGGUGUGUGUGUAAAAUACCUGUCGGUAGUUUUUUCCUAUCAAAAAUCAUAUUCCUUUGAAUUACUGUAUAAGACCUGCUCUGUCAUAUGACAUUUGCUUCUCGUAAUAGAAUUUGAGUGCUUAGUCCUUCACAAAGUACAAUCAGGCUACGAUCAACAUGUUUAUAUUCCUUAACCUACUACUGGAUUUAUUCGGAUGCGGUGUGUCCUUUGCACAUCUUUGUUAUUCUGAAGAGAUUUGUAAAACAAACAGGCUUUUUUUUCUUGUCAUAUGUGAGGGAAGAAUUAGAUAACUUUUUCUCCUAAAGAAAUGUUAAUAUUCGUUUUGUGGCUUCUUCUUUGCUUUAUGACUUCGUUUUCCCUGUUUCUAUAUUUGUUUAUUUAAAAUCACAAGUGUUAUUUCCUAAGAAGUCGGUUUUUCUGGUGAUUUUCCUCAACUGAUGUCUAUAGAAUUACUUUUGAUAGAAAUGAACUUUGCCAUCUAAAAACAGUUCUCACAGGUUAGGGGCUUUCACAUCUCUCUUGUAGAAGGACACCUGUAUCUUUAAAGAGAAAAGUCGUCAUUAGGUACCUUAACUGUCAUGCCUUCGUGGUAUGAAAUUAGGCAGUUCUUUUUACCCUUCCAAGUUCCACAGCCACUUACCUCUCAAAAGUGUUAGGAGGUAGUUGGAGAAACUCUCUGGUACAUGGCCAAAUAAAAGGCCGACUCUUAUUAUUGGUGGUUUGAGCUUGGAGCUUCAGAAGAAAUAGCUGAAAGAACUGUGUGAUGUAGUAAGAGGUCCUUCAGUGCCCUUUAUACCAGGAAUCAGUGAUUGUUUAAAACACUUAACUUGCUCUAAGCAUUUAUACCAAGAAUGGACUUAAAUGUUAUUCCUAUUAGUCAUACCUUUGCUUUAUCCGUUACAUUUAUAAAUGUCCGUGUUUUAUGCUGUCUCAUUUAAAAGACAGUACACUUCUAAAAAUAACACCUAUAGUUUAUCAUAAAAUUUUGGCCAGCCAGUUUUUGGUAAAAGGCAAGUAUGUUAUACUUGAACCUACUUCAAGAAAUGCCUUUUUAUAAAGGAAAGGUUUUACCCAACUGUGAAGAAAAGUACCUGAAGUCAUAGACACACAGUUGCUGGUCAUUUUGAUUGGAAGGGUUCAGAUAUUAAUUUUAUCUUUAUAAAAUCAUGUAAUUUCAUGAAGAAUCUUACCACCCGAAAACAAUAAAGCCCCUGUAGAUAUACAGUGCAGAGUUUUGAGAGUAACUAUUUCAACUCACCUAUAUAUCAUAAAUCUGUAAUAAUUCACAGUCACCAUUAAAUGUUAGAAUCAUUAGGUUGACUUGCAUACUUGUCGCUCACUCUGGCCACGUAUCAUGGAGAAUUAGAAGAUUGUAUUUGUUGUCUCUAAUGCAGUUGUGUUCUAUUGUUUUAAUAAUGAUGUUAAGCAAGUUUGGUUCACGUACAUUCCAUGUUAAUAAUCAUACUUUUUAAAGAAGCAGUCCACGUAUUCCAAAAUUCAAGAGUCCAAACAAAAGAAAGCCCUACUUGCAUGUGAAAUCUCUACAGAAAUAAAAAGUAAACGAGUUCUGCAUUUCAGGGUUGGCAUGUCGAACCAGCAGAGACGUUGGGCUAUAUGCUUCCGAGAUGGAAAUGUUUUCCUUUAUUGUACUCUCAAUUGUGUUUCUUUAAUAAACCUUACAGAAGUCUCUACCUCAGGCACUAAGUGUUAGAUAUGGUUAGCAUACUGAUACCGAAAAACUUAGCUAGGACUUCCAACCUUUUAAAAUAAUUUAAAUGUAAAAUUCAACUGUUAACCAGCAACUUAUGUCAUGUGAUGUGCAGUUUGGAUAUUGUAUGAACAGCUAAGGAAUUACCUAUUCUAGUGCCAAAGAUCACUCGUUGCUAAUUUUGUUCUGUAUAGGUGAUGUAAAUCUUUACGGUGGGGACAGACUCUGUUCAGGGCCUUGUCUCUAGGAAGAUUUUGUCAGUUCCAAAUGUUUCUGUCAGUUGCAAAUACAGUUUAGAAGAUUCA